AUGGCACAAAUCAUGCACCGAAAAAAAUCAAUGUCUUCUAACGCUAUAGAUCUACACUUGAAAGAAAAAGCACUCAAAAAAAUCCAAAAUUUUCUUACAUCUUAAAAGUCUUCACCAAAGCACAAGUUAUAAUCAUAAAUUUCUUGCUUUGAAGUUAGAUCCCACUAAAUGAAGACUUAAGCAUAGAUAGAAAGGCAUAGGAAGAAGCUGUGUUGACAAGUCCAAAACAUGUCUUUGUCUUCCUACCUUGGCAGCAACACCCGCCGUGGAGGAGGAUGGGCUCAGUCAUUACUCCCUUCUUCAUCACCCACCGUCAAAUCAACCCUCAAAGUCCACCCCACUCGAAAGUCACGGAAGCGUACGGUUCUGAUCAACUUCCUCCUCACCAACUUCUUCACCAUAGCUCUUUCCCUUUCCUUCAUCUUCUUCAUCUUGACUCUCUUUUUCUUUGGAAUCCCAAAGCCCAUUUCAUCCCAUCUCCAGCCCCCAUCCUCGACCCGAAGGCUCACAACCCGGAAACCAGUGACCCGGAAACAACCCUGGUUGAAUCCAAACCAAACCGGUGCCGCAGUUGAUAUAACCACUAAAGAUUUGUAUGAUAAAAUUGAGUUCUUGGAUAAACCUGGAGGGGCCUGGACUCAAGGGUGGAAAGUUAGCUAUAAAGGAGAUGAAUGGGACAGUGAAAAAUUGAAGAUCUUUGUGGUACCUCAUUCUCAUAAUGAUCCAGGCUGGAAGUUUACUGUGGAAGAGUAUUAUCAGAGGCAGUCAAGGCUUAUACUUGAUACCGUUGUUCACACUUUAUCAAAGGAUCGUCGGCGGAAGUUCAUAUGGGAAGAGAUGUCUUAUUUGGAAAGGUGGUGGAGAGAUGCCUCGGAGGAUAAAAGGGAGACUUUUACAAAUUUGGUGAAGAAUGGCCAGUUAGAAAUAGUAGGAGGUGGCUGGGUUAUGAAUGAUGAGGCAAAUUCACAUUAUUUUGCCAUAAUCGAGCAGAUAACUGAGGGAAAUAUGUGGUUGAAUGACACCAUUGGGUUUGUUCCGAAAAAUUCUUGGGCAAUUGAUCCAUUUGGUUACUCACCUACCAUGGCUUAUCUCUUCCGUCGUAUGGGGUUCGAGAAUAUGCUUAUUCAAAGGACUCAUUACGAGCUGAAAAAGGAACUUGCUUGGAAUAAAAACUUGGAAUAUGUGUGGCGUCAGAGCUGGGAUGCUAAUGAAACAACUGACAUUUUUGUUCAUAUGAUGCCAUUCUAUUCAUAUGAUAUUCCACAUACUUGUGGACCGGAGCCUGCAAUUUGUUGUCAGUUUGAUUUUGCUCGUUCACAUGGUUUCUCUUAUGAACUCUGUCCAUGGGGACAAUAUCCUGUAGAGACUAACCCAGAAAAUGUGCAGGAGAGGGCACUAAAACUAUUAGAUCAAUAUCGGAAGAAAUCGACCCUGUACCGGACCAAUACGCUUCUUGUACCUCUUGGAGAUGAUUUCCGCUAUGUUACUGCUGAGGAAGCAGAAGCUCAGUUUAGAAAUUAUCAAAUGAUAUUUGACUACAUCAACUCCACUCCCAGCUUAAACGCGGAAGCGAAAUUUGGUACUUUGGAUGACUAUUUCCAGACCCUUCGGGAGGAGGCUGACAGAAUAAACUAUUCCGUUCCCAGAGAAAUCGGCUCUGGUCAGAUCAGUGGUUUUCCUUCUUUAUCAGGUGACUUCUUUACUUAUGCUGAUAGGCAGAAAGAUUAUUGGAGCGGCUAUUAUGUGUCAAGACCUUUCUUUAAAGCUGUCGAUCGGGUACUGGAACAAACGCUUCGUGCAUCAGAAAUGUUGAUGGCAUUCUUACUUGGUCAUUGCCAGAGACCACAAUGCGAAAAGUUGCCAAUGAGGUAUGCUUAUAAGUUGACGGCUGCAAGAAGGAAUUUAGCUCUUUUUCAGCAUCAUGACGGGGUGACGGGAACUGCUAAGGAUCAUGUUGUUCUCGAUUAUGGAACUCGGAUGCACACUUCUUUGCAGGACCUGCAGAUUUUCAUGUCCAAAGCAAUUGAAGUGUUGCUCGGAAUUCGCCAAGAGAAAUAUGAUCAGACCCCUGCGCUAUUUGAUCCUGAACAGGUGAGAUCUAAAUAUGAUGCUCUACCUAUGCAUAGAGCAAUCAGUGCUCGCAAAGGAACUGUGCAGUCAGUUGUACUCUUUAAUCCUCUUGAGCAAACACGAGAAGAGGUUGUGAUGGUAGUUGUUAGCAGACCGGAUGUUAGUGUUUUGGACUCAAAUUGGACUUGUGUGCAGAGCCAGGUUUCUCCUGAAUUGCAGCAUGACGAAAGCAAGAUUUUUACAGGCAGGCAUCGCAUCCACUGGAAAGCUUCAAUUCCUGCCAUGGGUUUGCAGACAUAUUAUAUUGCUAAUGGCUUUGCCGGAUGCGAAAAAGCUAAGCCGGCAAAACUCAAAUUCUCUUCAAAGUUGAGUUCGGGUCCAUGCCUUGCACCUUAUGCAUGCUCAAAAGUAGAAGGAGAUACGGUUGAAAUCGUGAACCGGCAUCAAGUUCUCACCUUUGAUGUUAAGCAUGGAUUGUUGCAAAAAGUAAUCCACAAAAAUGGUCUGCAAAAUGUCGUGGUUGAAGAGAUAGCCCUUUACUCAAGUUCAGGAGGCGCAUACCUUUUCUUACCGGAUGGGGAUGCUCAGCCUAUAAUUAAGUCGGGUGGGAAUUUGGUUAUCUCCGAGGGUCCCUUGAUGCAAGAGGUGUACUCUUACCCGAAAACUUCAUGGGAGAAAACACCUGUUUCUCAUAGCACUCGCAUUUACAAUGGAGGCAAUACAGUACAGGACUUUUUGAUUGAGAAGGAAUAUCAUGUUGAGCUUCUUGGCAAGGAUUUUAAUGACAGAGAGUUAAUUGUUCGAUAUAAGACAGACACCAAUAAUAAAAGAAUUUUCUACUCCGACUUGAAUGGCUUUCAAAUGAGCCGGAGAGAAACAUAUGAUAAGAUUCCGUUGCAGGGAAACUACUAUCCCAUGCCCUCUCUUGCUUUCAUGCAAGGGUCAAAUGGCCAGAGGUUUUCAGUUCAUUCUCGGCAAGCACUGGGUGCUGCAAGCCUUAAAGAAGGGUGGCUGGAGAUUAUGCUUGACCGUCGUUUGGUGAGAGAUGAUGGACGUGGUCUUGGGCAGGGAGUGAUGGACAAUCAUGUAAUGAAUGUUGUUUUCCAUAUCCUGAUGGAAUCCAACAUUUCUUCGACUUCGGAUCCUGUUUCGAACCCUCUUCCACUGAGUCCAUCUCUUCUUUCUCAUCGUGUUAAUGCUCAAUUGAACUAUCCGUUGCAUGCAUUCAUUGCUAAGAAACCACAAGAAAUUUCUGCGCCGACACACUCGAGAUCCUUUUCUCCUUUAGCUGCUCCCUUACCGUGUGAUCUGCAUAUCGUGAGUUUCAAAGUCCCUCGACCAUCAAAAUAUUCUCAGCAGCAGCAGCAACUUGUAGAUCCUCGGCUUGUUUUAAUGUUGCACAGGCGAAACUGGGAUUCUUCUUACUGCAAGAAGGCCCGAUCUCAAUGUACAGCCGUGGCUGAUGAGUCUGUAAAUCUAUUCAACAUGUUCAAAGAUCUUACAGUGCUGAAUGCAAGAGCAACUUCUUUAAAUCUUCUGCAUGACGACACGGAAAUGCUAGGGUACACUGAGCAAUUUGGUGAUGUUGCUCGAGAUGGACGUGUAAUCAUCCCUCCCAUGGAAAUACAAGCAUACAAGUUUGAAUUAAGGCCACGCCAGUAAAUGCAGUGAAUCGAUUUAACUACUGCAUACCCUAAUGAUCCGGAUUGAAUCAAGUUCAUAGCAAAAGAGAGCAGAUCUCUCGUGUUCCACUGUCGACACAGUUACGAUCACAGGCUAUUUACUUUGUGCUGCUAUUUCAAGAAAUAUCCGGAAGUGUAUGGCAUAGGAGUGAGCGGUUUCAUGGAACGGUAAGGUUUCGCUUCAUCGAACUAUGAUUACAGGAUAGUUUUGUAACACUAAGAAAUUCAUUUUUCUGUAUUUGUUUCGAGAACGGAGGUUAUUUCAAAUCAACUGUCAGACCAUAACCAACUUCAGAUGUUGCUUAGUUAAUUUGUAGUUUAGGCUUAUAUAUAUAGAUGAUAUAUGAAGUUUGUGUUCUCAGAAGUGAAUUUUAAGAAGCAUAUGCUAGCAUUA